AAAAUAUUUAAUUGUAUUUAUCCUAUAUACUUUAAACAGCGAAAAAAAAUAUUUUUUAAUCAAAAUUCUAUAACGAAUUUUCGUCUAUUAUCAUCAACAAAAAUUUCUAAUUUUAAUUUUACUUUAUCACCAUAUAAUAAUAAUAAAUCUUCAAAUCAACAAAGACCACAACAAAAUCGUAAACCUCGUGAUGAAGAAAUUAAAUCACAAUAUAUCAAAUAUGUUAAUUUAGAGGGUCAAUUACAAGGGACGUACCCAUUAAAAAAAAUUUUAUCAUCCUUUGAUAGAAAAAAAUAUUGGUUAGUUCAAGUUUCACCAGAUAACGCUGCUUUAUCGUCAAAAAAUCCUUUACAACAGCUUUCCCAAGAACGUCGUCAUCAAGAACAAAAAGAAAUACCAAUAUGUAAAUUAGUUUCUAAACAAGAAU